GGGAGGGCGAGAAAUAAGAGGAAUAAAUUCCACUGAUAUUCUAUAAAAUAAGUUAAAACACAAAAAUUCCAGUAAAAUCAGCUGAUAAUUGUCAUUUACCUAUGAAGAGAUCCUGCCAACCCCAUCCUACAUGAAUUUUGGGACAGCAUUAGCACGGAUUCUCUAAUUCCCAGUAUUUUCUGGAGUCAGUGAAGGUAAAACUGGAAUUCCAGGCAGCUGGAACACCUAAAAUUGACAUGCUGGACCCAAUUCCAAUAGACUGGAAAAUGAAGUUCCCGUUAUUUCCUGGACUCAGUGCAGGCACAACUGCAAUUCUAGGGAGCUGUCCUAGAACUGGAUCACCUAAAAUGUAAUCCUGGAUCAAAUUCCAGUAGGCUGGAAUUAGGAAAUUCCCAAAUUCCCAGUAUUUUCUGGAGUCAGUGAUGGUAAAGCUGGAAUUCCAGGCAGCUGGAAUACCUAAAAUUGAGAUGCUGGACCCAAUUCCAAUAGGCUGGAAAACGAAAUUCCUUAAUUCCCACUAUUUUGUGAAUUCAGUGGUGCCAGGGGCCUCUCCUAGAACCUCAACACCUAAAACUGAGCUCCCGCUUCCAACUCCAGCGAUCAGGAAAGUUCAAUUCCCUAACUCCCGCUAUUUCCACACCUCAGCCAGGCCAGUCCCACAGCGCUCCUCCCUCCAUCCCUUCUUCUCCAGCCAUUCCCGACGGGAUUCCCCUCCCUCGAGGGCUCCUUUUACCCCUUCAAACCUCAAGCUCAGCGUUUCCUCUUCCUGCCGAAAAACCCCGGAGCGGGAGCGGGAAGGGGCGUGGAGAAAGCGGGAAUUUCCCUCAGCCGUCCCCGCCCGGAGCCGCCCCUGAGGGGAACGGUGCCCUGAGGGGAACGGCUCCCUGAGGGGAACGGCGCCCUGAGGAGAAUGGUGGGAACGGUGCUUCCAAGGAUUCCUUGGAAUUUUCCCGCUCUCUGCUGGCUCCUGGCCGUGCCCAUUCCCGGUUCCCUGAGUUUGGAAUGCCGGGAGCACCAAUACCGCUUCCAUGAUAAAUGCUGCAGCGACUGCCCCCCCGGGCAGAGGAUGCGGCGGCGCUGCACGGCCUGGGACGACACCGAGUGCUCGCCGUGCCAGGACGGCUACUUCAGCUCGCAGCACCACCAAGGCUUCUGCCGCAGCUGCACCGUCUGCCAGACCUGGCGGGGCAGCGAGGAGGUGAAGCCGUGCGAGAGGAGCUCGGACCGGCGCUGCCAGUGCCGGGCGGGGUUCGCGCCCAGCGGGAAUGCUGAGGGGAGCGAGUGCUCCCGAUGUCCUGAAGGGACUUUCUCCAGAGGAGGAAAUGAGAACUGCCAGCCUUGGACCAACUGCAGCUUUUUUGGGAAGAGCACGCUCCGAGCUGGCUCGGCAACGGAGGAUGCCCUGUGCAGCAGCCCUGGCCUGGAUCCCAUUCCCACGGGAUUCCUGGAAAACAGGGAUCCUGUUCCCACGGCGUUCCCAGAAAAUAGGGAUUCCGUUCCCACGGCAUUCCCGGAGAGCAGCUCCAACACAUCCGGUCCCAGGGAGAUUCCCGUGGUUUGUCGGGAUCCCGGCGGCCCCGCGGAGCCCGGCUGGGGUUCUUUGUCCCUGUUCCUGCUGUGCCUGGUCCUGCUGAUGGUGAGCGGAAUUUCCAUCCUGCUCCUGCUCAUCCAGGCAGCCCGGAAAAAAACCAGGAAUGGGCCUGGGAGGAGCAUCCAGCACAAUGAGGGCAGCUGCCGGAUUCCCGUCCAGGAGGAGCACCUGGAUCCCAAUUCCAGCCUCACCAAGAACUGAUCCUGUGCCCUGCCCUUCCCGGCUUCUCAGAGCCCGGGAAUUCCUGAGGAGUUAAUUGGAGGACGCUUGAACCCUUCCAUUAACUCAGCGUCUCCCUUUGGAAUUCAGGAGAAUUCCCGAGGGAAUUCUGGGGGAAAUUUUCCCCCCUUUUUGGGUCAAUCCUUGCUCAGAUCCCUGAAAAUGUUCUGGGGAUGAAUUUCUGCUGGAAUUCCCAGCUGGGAAAUCAUGGAAAUCCCGGAGCAGGUGAAACCCGGGGUGGCUCCGGGAAGAGAAAAUCCUUGGAUGCUCCUGCUGAGGGGAAAAUGGGAAUUCUCAACCCAAUCUUGGGAUUUUGGGGUUGGAUUUGAACCCAGCUUGUGCUGCCUAAACCUGGGCUCAGCUUGGGGCCCAGAGCUGCAGAAAUCUUGGGCUGGGCACUUCAAAUGCCCCAGGUUUGAUGGAAAAAAGGAAUUUUACUCCUUUAAAGGUUUCAAAUCCUCUCAUAUUUCAUGAAAAAAAAUGAAUUUUAUUCAUUUAAAGGUUUCAAAUCCUCUCAAAUU